GUCACCAUCGAGUGAAUUCGUCGCGGAUCGCAAAAGUUUCAAAUUUCGUUACAUUUCUUCUCCCAUCAAAGCCCGACAAUUACAAUUACCAUUGUUACCAAAGCGGAUUUUUCAUGGUUAAACCUACCUGAGCUCUUUGCGAAGGUGAAAAGAAGCUCCGAGCAAAAAAAAAAAAGUGCAAGUGAAAUCCCCUCCGUCGAAAGCCCACACCGCACGAGAGUUACCCUGAACAAAGUUGGGUGUGCGCGGGGUCUGACGGAGGACCCCGGCCGCGGAGAAGACAGAAAAGUCGCGCUGCUCGAGAUACUCUCAUUAGAAAGCACCAGCUCACACCAAAAUGUCCAGCCAGCAGAAGAUGUCCUCGGAGAUGGGCGCGGCCGAGCAGUACGAGAUGGAGCAGCUGGCCGAGGCGGAAAGCAGCCGGCUGCACAAACUCCUUCGCACGCUCCAGAUCGAUCGCGCCACCUUCCAGGACACCAAGAACAAGUCGCAGCGCAAGUUCCGGGCCAGUUUGCGCCUGUUGGAGCGCGAGAAGCAACAACUGCGACUCCAGCUGGACUGCGAGGAAAACGGAGUCCACUCGAAGCGCGAGUCCGAGUUGGAGUCGGUGCUGGAGGAGAGCUACGAGCGCCAGGAAAAGGCCGCCCAUGAUUUGAAGGUGAAGAAGGACGCGCUGUGGGAGUUGGAGGGACACAUUAAGAAGAUUCACCGCGAGAUUGCCGAGAUUCGGAAGAACGAGGUCACGGACAUAAGGUACAAUGAGACGAUCGCGAGGGCGCAGCGUUCCGUCCGGAAGUUGGAGAACCGGCUGGACGUGAUGAACAAAAAGUCCGGCAUUGCGAUGGCCGAUAAUGCCCAGCUAAGGCAAACGAUCGAUCACAUGCUGCAGGAACGUGCCACUUUCAACAUUAUGUGGGAAAAGUUGGUGAACAAGCUGAACGAGGGCAAACGGUACAUGAUGGAUUUGAUCGAUCAGUCCACGUCGGCGUACGACACCCGCGAGGAGCUGUGCACCAAGUUGCAGAUCCUGAAGGACAAGGGCCUCGCGGAGAAGGCAUCGCACGUGCAGGAAAUGCGCGAACUGCAGCGGAAGCUUGAUCACGACGCCAAGCUGCAAGAGUUCCUCGGAAUUAAGGGCCAGCGGCGGUCGAACACGGAACUUGAGGAACGGGAAGCACAGAAGAGACAGAAGAUGCUGGAGAAUCUGGAGCGGCAGUACGCCGAGUACGAGCAGAUCAUGACGAGGAUUAUGAGCUUUUCCGGGGAGGAUGAUAUCGAUCGGUUGGUGGCCAAGUUUAUCAAGAAGGAGGAGGAGAACUUUGCGCUGUUUAAUUAUGUGAAUGAGCUGAGCCAUGAGGUGGAAACGUUGACGGAGAGUGUGCAGCUGCUGCAGGAUAAGAUCACCGAACAGAUGGCCAUCAACGAGUCCAAGGUGUCCUCGGUGGACGACAACAUUGACACGCUGCGGCGGAACGAGCGCGAGGGCCGCGAAUCGUCCGACGCGGCCUUCAACCUCAAGCAGGAGUGGGACGUCAAGCUGGACGAGCUGCUGCGGAUGUCCGAGCGGAUCUACAAGAUGCUGCACUGCGACGAGGCGCCCAUUCUGAACCUGCUGACGGCGCGCACCGUUACGCUGAACAACGCCAAGCUGUUUUUGGGCAUUAUCGAACGGCGGGUUGGGAAUAUAAUUAGCAACGUGAACUACGUGGAACCGACGACGAAGAUCCUGGGGAAGAAGGACCGGGUGCCGAACUUUAACGUGAAGGAGUCGGCCAAGAUUCGGAUUGAGAGGAAUUAGAGAGGGGGGAUUUGGUUUUUGGUUUUAUUUAUUUGAACUGUAUUGUUUUAACUUUUAAACAAGAGUGUUGUGUGAUUAUUGCGCGUUUUUCACGUUCUUUGACUAUGUUUCAGUAAUAUUUCGUUUGAAAAAAUUGGGGCGAUGCGUGACACAG